CACGGGCGGGCCUCGCGCGCGGCUGUUGCGUCAUAAACGGUCGCGGGCAGAUUCGCAUGCAAACGUUGAAAGAUGGCGGCCUCCAUGGUGAGAUGUCUGGGCACUUUGGCAAGCAGAUCUGCAGUGAGGACCUUGACCUCGCUAAACAGCGCAUCUGUGAUAAGGGCUCCAAAAGUGUUCCCUUGUUCUGCUGCACCGCAAGCCACCUUCUCUAGCAGCACUGCUAAAUGCGCGCCAGCAGUAACCCAGCAUGCACCAUUCUUCAAGGGGACAGCUGUCUAUAAUGGAGAAUUCAAAGAGAUCAGUCUAGAUGAUUAUAAGGGCAAAUACCUGGUCCUGUUUUUCUAUCCACUUGAUUUUACAUUUGUCUGCCCCACAGAGAUCAUCUCUUUCAGUGACAAGGCUAACGAAUUUCAGGAUAUCAACUGUGACGUAGUGGGCGUGUCGGUGGACUCUCACUUCACUCACCUUGCCUGGACAAACACAUCUAGGAAGACUGGAGGAUUAGGAAAAAUCCACAUCCCUCUGCUGUCUGAUCUCAACAAGCAGAUCUCCAGAGACUAUGGAGUCCUCCUUGAGGGUCCAGGAAUAGCUCUGAGGGGGCUGUUUAUUGUUGAUCCAAAUGGGUUAGUGAGACACAUGAGUGUCAACGACCUUCCAGUGGGACGCUCUGUUGAGGAGACAUUGCGACUUGUCAAGGCCUUUCAGUUUGUGGAGACACAUGGAGUGGUUUGCCCAGCCAGCUGGACCCCAAAGUCACCCACAAUAAAGCCAACACCGGAGGGCUCAAAGGAGUACUUUGAAAAGGUCAAUUAAAA